AUGUUCCUUCUUCUCUUUUCUUUGACUGUAGCAGAUCUCCCAGAUCUUCCAGGAGAUGACUUUGAAGUUGAUGUACCAAGAACUCCCUUUCCGACAGUCGCUCCGACUACUCCUGUCGCUACUCAACCUCGAAAAGAAGAUUUCAAUGAUAUCACAGUAACUUCGACUCCAAAUCAAAUCCAAAAGAAAUUACUUUACACUUUCGUCGCGCUGGUAUGCGUGGCGCUUGUUGGUAUUAUUGCAACCGUUUCAUUUUUCAUUAUCAAAAAACGUAACUCAGGAAGAGUUACAGCAACAGAAUUUGAUCAGGAGGAUGAAUCAGACAAUGCUACCAAAACAGCAACCCAAACUCGAGAUUUUAACACAACAAAUUCUCUUAACCGUACAAUUUCUUCUCGAAAAGCCACUCCAAAUACAACACUCCAUACAAAAUCAAUGUACGCAGUGAAUACAGUAAUUCUUUGA